AGCGUCAUUGCUCCAGUCUUCGGUGUCGCAUGUUCCUUCAGAAAUGUCUGAAAUAGUUUGAAGGGGAACAUGAGCGAGGCUUCGGGGGUUUAGCUCGGAGACACUCCUGUAGACUGUGCGUGUGUGUGCUUGGUGUACAAAAACAAAAUGCAACAUUAAAAACAAUUCAUCACUUCCAAUACAUUGCAAAUACAGAAUUAUGACCAGAAGAGCACAAGCGAUUCUUCAUUUAGAUUGCCUGGCAUGAGAAGAUCAAGCACCGGCAAUCUGUGUAGGGGCCGGACUAAUGCAAUACAAUGUCCCUAUAAUACAGCCCCAUCCCAAAGCUCAUUACCUUGCGGUGACCUUCCGGCAGCGAAAAAAGUUCUACCUAAAGACAAAUAGCAGUCAAGCGUUUCAAUAUAAGAGAGGUCUUUAUUUGUAUUCAUCACAUUAUACUGUAAUUGUUACGAGUUUGGACAAACUCUCAUUUUAGCGGGUUUGAAAAAGCACACAAGGGUUGCGUCCCGCAUUUUUCGCAGAGGUCAAGGCGGCGGCGUAAUUUGCCAUCCAUCUGUUUGACUAUCUCAAACGCUUUUUCAGUCUCUCAACCGCUUGCUUUGCGUUCGUGUGACGGAUUCCACUUAAAAUAAGUAGGCAAUCGGCCCACGAGGGACUGAAUAUUCAGAGAGCGUGGUGAGGGGGGGGACGACGACGACAAAUUUUGCAACAGCUGUUUGCCUUUUAAUCUGCCACCGUCAGAUCUUCCAGUCUUUGAUAGGCCACCCAAUCUACACGAAUGACUGAACUAAAUCUUUCCUUAAUCUACAGCCUUAUUAGUUUGUCCUCUUAUGCAUGUAAAUCAGGACGCAGUCAUUUUCAUAUGUAGAUGGAUUAUUAAAAGCUGCGGAGGGAGAGUGUUUUUUUCCCCCCUUCUCACAAUAAACAACAAAGCCCGGCGCAGAUUACAGCAGAAGCGAUGGCUACGAGAGGGCAGGAAGCAGUUUGUAAUUGACAGGCUGCUUUGACAGAGCGCGCGCCUUGUGAAUAGAUGGGUUUAUCUAGACCGGGUGAUGUGUCAUUAGCAUAUCUUGAUAACAUUGAUUUCUUCAUUACCCUUAAUGAAAUUUCCACUUAAUGGCUUCUAAUUAGUUUCAACCGGUGCCUGCGUAAUUGCAGCGGCAAUAUUUUGCCCGAGGUUUAAGGCUUUGAGGCGACGCCGGAAACUCUUGCGUGAAGUUUUAUUCUCUCGCGCUGCUUGCGCGUUUGUUGUCUGAAUUCGCAGAUCAGUCGUUUGCUAUGCUCCUAUAUGUGAUUAAACUUUUACUUUUGUGCGGCUGCCAGUUUUGAUGAUCAUCUCACGUAAUUGCCGUGGAGCCAGGCCAACAAAGAAUUAGCAUGGAUGGGUAAUUGAAUAAUGUCCCAUAAGGCCACAAAUCACAUGGUUUUUCUGUGUUUUAAACCGUUCGAACUGGAUUACGGCGCACCUUUAUUAGCAAAACCGUGUGUGUGUGUGUGUGUUAUCAGGCCACUUCAGCGCGAUAAAACAUCUCCAAGUGUUAGGUGUGGUGGCUAGUAAUUAGCCGGAAAAGCCACAGAUCUCGCGGGAGAGCGCGCGCGCGCCCGGGUCUGACGUUAGCUGUGUCGUAUGGAUCGUGACGUUUAUUUAUGCAUCAGCACAUGGCACUUUGAUAAGAUUGGUGUUAUCUCUGUCUCCAUCAACGGCUCGGUGCUCUUUUCCAUAAAUUAUCUCCCAGUAAUUAUCUGUCCAGAUGUCCAAAUUGUGCCACAAAUUAUCUGCAAAACGAAUCAAAAUCCCGCUGUAAUUUAGUAAUAGCUGAUUAGACCUCGGUGUAUUAAAGAAACUUGGAUGUAAUUAGAAUAAGCUAUAUUUUGCAGUCUGUUCAAAUCGGCGCAACUAUGUUUUGCAUGCAACAGUUCUUCUGAAAGGGCAAGAAUAAGGCAGAAUGUAGCCUACUGACCUACCUAGACUGUCCCCCCCACCACGAAUUACCGUCAUUUUGAAGUAAAUGCAUGAAAUAAGCUCUUUGUAUUAUUGCAAACGAGUCAAAUGGGACACCCACAUUUCGUAAUGGCAACACUGCUUUCAGUUGACCGAGAUGAAUUAAAAAUCAAUUUAAUAUUCAAAUGCAGUCAUGCUGUACCUGCCUUAUAUUAAGCUGAUUUCCUAGAAGCUCUUCUAAGAACUUUACAGCCGUUUUCGUUUUCUUAUUCAUUUUUACUUAUUCUAUUAGUUUUUUAUUCAUUUGUUAUUAUAAUUUAUUUCAUGAAAACGGUAUUUUGACACUAUAUGUUAUAAUAAACAGUUAAGCAAUUUUAGAAUUAUUACAAUUUUAAAAUUGUUACUGUGCCCCCCCCCCCUUUUUUUAAUAUAAAGAGAUCAAACGGAAUGCCGCUUGUAAACGUUGUCAAAAUCAUCUCUAAAUAUCCCCAGAAUUUGACACGUGAUUUCGUUUUUAUGAUCUCAGGCACGACCCAUUUAUCCCUGUUUAGGGCUCUGCGCUUAUGAUCGAUUUAAGCCAUUUAUUUUAAGCUUAAAAAGAGUUUCGUCUUUUGUAAAAGAGAAAUAUAGGCCAGCGAUAAGAAUUAGCCUAUAAAUCCUUACAGGUUCUGCUGGAUCCUUCAACAUCCAACAGAAAUUAGCUGAGCAAUCUAUUUCAGUGACAGGCGUGCUAUAUGAUUGAAUUAUAAAGGACUAAUUUGUGUUUUGCCUGUAUACACUUUCUUUUAUUCUACCAUGUAGGUAUGCACGCAAAAAAAAAUACUAAUUUAUACCACGCUGGAAAAAAAGUAUCAACGAUUAUUAUUACUAUUGUUAGACCUAUUAUUACUUAAAUGUAGUAGCCUACAUUUAUUUCGAAUGAUCUCAUUUUAUUUGCUAAUUUUGGUCGCAUGUUUGGUUAACACGUAAUUGUAAGCAAAAUGUGAUGUGAAUGAAAUUACACGAUGCAUAAAAAAAUAAAAAAAACAGCGAGCAGCAUCCUGUAUCCUCUGGAAUUCUAAAUCGCUUUCUCUCCGCUGAUUGGCUGUUGAGUUUUGACCCUUGUUGGGAUGGACCUGUUGGAUAAAAGGAGAAUUUCUAGAGGGAUCAUGCGUAUUGCGCCGUGGAUGCCUGUGCACAAGGGACCGACUCGCAUGCGAAGAAGGGAAUAGUCUCAGAGGCACCAUGACAGGAAAGGAUGGGGCUGUUUUGUCGGAAAGUUUGAACAAAUCAAAAUCGGCGUGCGCCGCCGAGAACGGGGGAAAUAACAAUCCGCACCUGUCGAAGAGCAGCAGCACGCAUCCGCCAAAAUGCACGGGCUUCGGCAUCCAGGAGAUCCUGGGACUAAAUAAAGAGCCGUCGUCGGCUCCGCGGAGCGCGCUGGACUCGUUCCCCGCCGGGGCGCACCUUCUGGCCAGCAGGUCGAUGCUCGGUCCGGCUGGUGUCGGGGUCGGGGUCGGGAUGGGAUUAAUUGGCCCUGGAGGUAUUCCGUCGUUCUACAGCCAGCCGGCGUUUCUCGAGGUGCUGUCGGACGCGCAAAGCGUCCACCUGCAGCCGCUCAGCAGGACGGUGGGGCCGCUGGAAACCAACCAGUCCGCCAGCUCAGAUUCGGAGGAUGUCUCUUCGAGUGAAAGAAAAGUGUCAAAAUCUUCACUGAGCCAGAGCAAGAAGAGGAAAAAGAGACGGCACAGAACAAUAUUUACGUCUUACCAGCUGGAAGAACUGGAGAAGGCUUUUAACGAGGCUCACUAUCCGGACGUGUACGCCAGAGAAAUGCUGGCGAUGAAGACCGAGCUGCCCGAGGACAGAAUACAGGUGUGGUUCCAGAACCGGAGGGCCAAGUGGAGGAAGCGCGAGAAGUGCUGGGGUCGGAGCAGCGUGAUGGCUGAAUACGGGCUCUACGGGGCCAUGGUGCGCCACUCCAUCCCUCUGCCCGAGUCCAUACUCAAGUCUGCUAAAGAUGGCAUCAUGGACUCCUGCGCUCCCUGGCUUUUAGUUCAAGAUGGUUUUCCUACCACCAGCUGCUUUUCUAAACACGAAUACCCACCAUUCUUUGCAGGGAUGCACAAGAAGUCCAUGGAGACUGCUGCAGUCCAACCAAAUGAGAAGUCAGAUGUCACUCAGAAACCCACCAAUCCCAAGCCGGAUGAAGCCGGCGAGGCCGAGGAAAGGAGGACAGAGUCGCCCAUGUCCAAAGAGGAACUGAGGGAGAACAGCAUUGCUGUUCUCAGGGCAAAAGCGCAGGAGCACAGCGCCAAAGUGCUGGGAACGGCUUCCUCCGAGAGACUAGAGCACAAAAUGGAGACGUCGGUGACAGAGGAGAAGUCCAGCGAACAGUCAGACGCGAAAGAAGAGGAAAAGAGUUCUUAGAUUAUGCACUGUAAUUCAUCCCUUCAUAAUGACAGAAAACAUAGGCUUGGUGUGAAAAUAUCAUCUUCUUCGUAUUCCUGCACUGAUCCCAUGGCAGCGCUGGACUUUUGAUUGAUUCUUCCACAUUAGCGAGGUCAAAACCGUUUAGAAAUCUUCAGCAUUUUGAUAGCACCAUGCCAGUGAUUAAUAACUUUUUUCCCCCCUUUUAAAUAUAGGCCUACAAGAAUUCCAGCCAUAAAAAUUCUAUGAGUAAGUACAGGGCCCCUUCAUCACGUCGGCAGCCUCCUCAGUGCUGUUUGCAAAAUUAAUUCAACCAUAAAUAUUUGGGUAUUUAUGAUCUAAUUUCAGUAUUAAGUAAUGUUGCCAUCAGAAAAUAAUUGGUCAAAUACUCCUACCGAGCUUUGAAAGAACAGAAUUGAAGUGCUUCUCGUAUUAAUUUUGUACAGUCCCCCGUCUUCAAACUCUCAGUGGUAAAAAGUUGUAAUAGAGUGUAUUGCUGUAUAUAUUGUAAAUGAAAAUAGCCUGCUACAGUAUCGUUUGAACUAUACAUUAAUGUACUGUAGACUUAUGUGCUUUUUUUCGUAACAUGUAAAAUGUAAUACAAAUUAUUAAAAAAAAAUACUAAACUGUU